AUGGCCAGCAACCCAGAAAUUCUGAAUGAGGAAGGCACGAUGGAGGCGGGUCUUAGUACCUCGUCGACUCUUUCCCAGCUCCCUCAUCUUUCAUCCUCAGAACAAUCCUCCAUUCAUCCCAACUCUCCGAAUAUGCCAUUUCGCCAGAAAGAUCACAAUCCCAGCCGCCGUCAAGAGGCUGCAUCAGACUCUAGCUCCGGGUCCGCUCUUUCGACUUUCUCCCAGGGAGCCAUAUCGUCUGGCUCAUCCGCUGGCUCGUCGCACUCCUCCUAUCCCAACGAAGAGAUUAGCAUCCCCCCCCACGCCACUAUUCUCCCUUCACCAUCCUUCAAGGAGCUUGAAGCAGCUCUCCAGACUAUCAAAGAGAAGCUCGCCGCAUCUGACUCCGCCUGCUCCCAAUAUCUCCUCGUUCUCGACAUCGACCAGGUCCUCUUCAAGAGGCUGGAAGAAGAACCAGAUGUCUUCCGAGGAGUGAGGGCAGCAAUCUACCACUACCGACGAAAGAUUCUGUAUAAGGUCAUGCCCGGUGACCAGCAUGAUCAGAUUGCGGGAAUGUUUGACUCAACUGUGGCAUUCUGUCUAUUCCAAAUGGGCCUUUUCCCCCAUCUGGGACACUGGGUGAACCGGCACUCAGCGAGGGUGCGCGGAAACUUUUGCAGCAAAGAACCAGACUCGUGGCUGGGGCCGUACGACUCGGUGAACAGCGUGGGAGAGCUCUGGCCCUCGCUGGCUCUCGAGAUCGGAGUUUCAGAGCCGUCCCAACAACUUCGCAACGACGCGAGAUGGUGGUACGCCAACUCAAAAUCAGCGAACGGGAAUGAGACUAAGCUAGUCGUCCUUAUUAAGACAACUAAGCAGCCAGCGUAUCGGGUGGACAUCGAGGUAUGGACUGAAGUACUAAACCCCCGACUAGGACCUACCACCCGGAAUCAACCAUCCUUCGUCCUCGACUGCACACAGCGUGUGCAAUAUACAAACAACACGGUGUACGGAGCGCCUGUUAUUCUCCCCUUUCACCUUGUGAUGAGAAGGCCACCUGGACCUGGAGAACAUGACAUACUCCUUGAUGAGCAGAUGAUCCGUGCAAUGUGUGCAGAGGUCAGGCUAUGA